AUGCUAUUCCGCGGCUCCCUUGCAUUGAAAAGGAGUUUCUUAUGUGCGGAAAGGGGAUUACUGUCGCGCAGUAGCCUUGUCCCCGUGCCGAGAUUUACACCCCAAAGGACCGCUAGAAGGGGUGCGAUGACGUCCAGUGUGGAUUGGAAACCGAUAAAGACGCAUAACAAUCCAAACGAGGGCGAUGGAAGAAAGAAGACAUCUUUUGGUAGAUUAAUCGCUCUUGGUUUGAUGUUUGCCAUGCCUGUCAUCGCUUUUUAUUUGGGGACCUGGCAAUUGAGAAGGCUAGGUUGGAAAACUAAACUGAUAGCUGAGUGCGAGACGAAAUUGACUUACCCACCGGUAAACUUGCCCAAGAAUUUUACGGAGGAUAUGUGUGAGGAUUGGGAGUAUAGGAAGGUGCGGGUGAAGGGACAUUUUGUUUACGAACAAGAGAUGUUUGUUGGUCCAAGAGUCAAAUACGGUGAAAAGGGAUACCUGUUGUUUACUCCGUUUAUAAGAGAGGAUACUGGAGAGAAGAUUCUUGUUGAACGUGGCUGGAUUGCAGAGGAAAAAGUCGACCCUACUACAAGGACUUUACGACACUUAUCUAUUCCCUCGCCUCAAAGGGACAUUGAACUGAUCUGUCUCGUUCGACCCCCACACGAGCGUGGUAAAUUUCAAUGGGAAAAGACAGACAAAGAAUCUCGGUUAUGGCAAGUGUCUGAUAUUUAUGAUCUGGCAAACGUGGCAGGGUGCAAGCCUAUACAUUUCCAAGCUCUUUGCGAUAUGAACGACCAUCCAGAAAGGCUGGUAAGCGAGAAGGCCAAAAAUCCUGAAACAGGUAACGAUUCCAAGGGAUGGGCGCUUAAAUUUUGGAAAUCGAAAGACCAGUCCGAAACAAAGCCCAGUGCUUCCGAACAGUCACUGAAGUACGACCCGUUGGAUGUGGACAUGGAAUUUUCAGAGUGGCAGUUUGCCAAGGCAGGCGUCCCGAUAGGCAAAAAGCCCACCAUUGACUUGAGAAACAAUCACCUACAAUAUCUCGUGACGUGGUACGGUCUGUCUGUCUUGAGCACAAUUUUUCUGGUUGUCGCGCUGCGGAAGUACUGGUGGAAAGGUCGUGUUGUCACCCAUGCCCAGCUAAAGAGGGAAAAGCUGAAACAUACACAAAAAUACAUGUGA